GCGCGCCCCGCAGCCCCGGUGCAAUGGACCCCGCGCAGGCUGCGGAGAUGGGCGAGGCGGUGGCGGAGAAGAUGCUCCGGUACCGGCGGGACACGUCGGGCUGGAAGAUCUUCCGGGAAACCAAUGGAGUUUCCGUUUCCUGGAGGCCAUCUGUGGAGUUUGCAGGGAAUCUGUACCGAGGAGAAGGGGUUCUGUGUGGGACACCAGAGCAGGUGUGGAAUUGCGUCAAACCAGCGGCUGGGGGCCUGCGGGUGAAGUGGGAUGAGAACGUGACGGAUUUUGAAGUUAUCCAGGCCUUCACAGAUACAUUGUGUGUAAGCAGAACUUCCACCCCUUCGGCUGCCAUGAAGCUUAUUUCUCCCAGGGACUUUGUAGACUUGGUGCUAAUCAAGAAGUAUGAAGAUGGAGCCAUCACCUCCAACGCUACCCACGUGGAACAUCCCUUGUGUCCUCCGAAGCCCGGUUUUGUGAGAGGAUUCAACCAUCCAUGUGGUUGCUUCUGUGAGCCUCAGCCAGGGGAGCCCAACAAGACCAACCUGGUCACCUUCUUCCAGACCGACCUGAGCGGCUACCUCCCGCAGACCGUGGUGGACUCCUUCUUCCCACGCAGCAUGGCUGGCUUUUACACCAACCUUCAGAAAGCAGUGAAGAAAUUCCAUGAGUGAUGGGUGUCACUUGUUGUCAGAGAACAUCUGUGAUGCAUCAGGAUGCUCAGGAUAGAGCUGGGAAAGCCCCAAGGAGUUGCUUCUGCCCUCUGGGGACAGUGAGUCUCUGAGAGUGCAGCCAGAGACAGCAGCUUACCCCCUCCACUCAACAUUAGCCUGGGAGAGGCCACUCAUCUGCCUGUGAUCCAGACACAUCUGGCAGGAUGGACCCAGGUUUCUGGCCACCCGAUGAGACUCAGCUCAGGUGCUGUGGGACGCACAGUGAUCCAGAGGUCACAUCUCCACGGUGGCCCUAGAAACCCACUAUCCAUACUGCACACCAAAACCUACUGCCUCCUUAGCAUCCAGAGCGCUCUGCCUCUGCACAGACCCCCAUGUGUGUUUUAACCCUGCCGGAGAUUUUCUCCUUAUGAAAGGUCAACUUGGAAAAUAAGGGUUUA